AUGGGAGAUGGGUGCAGGCAUCGCUCCCCCCCUGGUUACUUCUAUAUCCUCUUAUUACCAUCUCCCACCAUUGCUUUCCAGUGGACGUGGGCAACACCUUCAACCUCCUUAAUGUCUCGUCUGUGCCUGCUACCCUUCAGUAGGUGCAGGCAGCCCCUCCUUGUUCCUCGAUCGCUCUUCUGCGACUGUCACCUCCACCAUUCGUCCUUUCAAGGUUCAAAAGUUUUUUUAUCUAUUUUCUUUUCUCUCUUGUGUAAACAAGGUUCUCUUGUUGGUGACCAAACUCCCUUCUUUCUUCACUUAUUUUCCUCCCGUCCACCGGGAAAUUACGCCUUUCUUUUACGGCCGCUAGAAGGUGAAAAUUUUCUUAAACACGUGCUCCAAACUCCACUUAUGGACUUCUUUUCAAACUUUCUUUUCUGGGGCUUCUUCAAGGGGACUUUCUCUGAAGGGGAAACUUGCCCUCAUCAACUUUGUUACCUAUGCAUCCUUCACUUAUGGGCAAACGCUGCCUGUCUUUUCAGCAGGGAGAGAGAAACAACCUCCUGUCUCUAA